AUGACAUCCAAGGCAGGAGACGGCGUCUUCGCCCCUGAGCAAGGCAAACGCGAGAGCAACGCCCCCGAACAAGGCGUCGACGACAGCGACUGUCCCGAAGUCCUAGACAAAGCCGCCAUCGACCGUCUGGGCCGCCAAAGACCAGCCGUCUUCCGCACAACCUACGUCGAAGCCGGCUUCGUCUUCGCCGUGGUGACGUCCAUGAUGAUGAGCGAGUACUUCGUUAGCGGCUUCAACAUCGUGAUGCCAGAGAUCGCCGCCGCCCUGCAGAUCUCCGCCGCCGAGCGCACGUGGCCCGCCGAGGUCAUCAACCUGACCACGGCGAUCCUGCUGCUGCCCUUCGCGCGCCUGUGCGACAUGUACGGCGGCCGCGCCGUCUUCAUCGCCGGCCACGUCUGGCUCGCCGUGUGGUCGCUGGUCGGCGGCUUCAGCCGCGGCCCUACGCUGCUCAUCGUGUGCCGCGCCAUGCAGGGCGUCGGCGCCAGCGCGUUCCUGCCGGCCGGUUUGGCUCUGCUGGGGCAGACGUACCGGCCUGGCCCGCGCAAGAACUUUGUCUACAGCAUCUAUGGCGCCUUCGCCUGUAUUGGCUUUUACUUCGGCAUCAUCAUUGGUGCUGUCGCGGGCCAGCUCUUGGACUGGCGCUGGUACUUCUGGAUCGGCACCAUCUUUGUCUUCGUCGUUAUGGCUGUUGGGAUUCUGACGAUUCCGCGACACCUUGGCGAUGGUGAUACGAGCGUGAGGAUGGACUGGUGGGGUGUGUGCACUAUUGUACCCGGCCUGGCCCUCGUUGUCUAUGCUCUCACCGACGGAGGCCAUGCUCCUGGUGGAUGGCGGAACCCCUCCAUCUUUGUGACGUUCAUCGUCGGCGUGCUCCUGCUCUGCGCCGCUGUUUACCUGGAGGGCUGGGUCUCGGCUCGGCCGCUUCUGCCGGGUGAACUCUUCAAGGCCAAGUACAUGAAGCGCCUUGCCGGCUCCUUAUUCUGCUCCUAUGGUGUUUUCGGGCUAUGGUUGUUCUAUGCUAGCUACUACAUUGAGACGGUGCUGCACACAACACCGCUCCAAACCGCUGCGUGGUUCAGUCCGCUGGCAGUCGGUGGAAUGGUCCUCGCAGUGACGGGGGGUUUCGUCCUGCAUCUGUUACCAGGCAAAGUGCUGUUGUUGAUAGCAGGAGGAGGGUACCUCCUCUCCACCCUGCUCUUUGCCCUGAUGCCCGCACAGUCAGAGUCAGGGCCGUCCACCAGCUUCUUAUACUGGGCCUAUGUGUUUCCGGCGAUGUUGGGCGGGACUAUCGGCGUGGACAUCACGUUCAACGUGACAAACGUCUUCAUCACCACCGCGAUGCCCCAGCGCCUCCAAGCGACGGCCGCUGCGCUGAUAAACAGCCUACUGUACCUCGGCAUGGCGUUCUGGCUCGGAGUUGGCGAGCUGGCCGUGUCGACUGCGACAGAGAAGGUCGGAGAUGGCGAGUUGAGCCUACGUGAACAGUACCAGAUUGGGUUCUGGACGGCCGUGGGGCUGGCUGCGCUGGCGAUGUGCCUGAUGGUCACUGUCAAGAUCGGAUCAGCCGCGUCGGAGAUGACGGUGGAUGAGAAGGCUGCUUUGGAUCAGGACGAGUCACAACGGUGA